GCAGCAAAUUUUGUGCUCACCUUGGUGGAAUAGGUAAACAAAGCGGAAAAAAGAAACAUGCCGAAAAUGUCAUCAGCUGUGCUAGGAUUGUGUACUCGAAUAACUAUGCUAGCGGCUCAAGCGAAACUUCAUUACUGAGCGUACUGAAUGCAAAAUUGAUUCGUGGUUGAUAAUUGUGUAUUGCAUAAUAUUUUUGCUAAACAUUGUUCGUUUUAAAAUCAUGAGUGAGCCUACAACGUCGAAUGGUACUAAUGUAUCUACGUUGCGUCCUAUAGAAGAAAUAGAAAUUCCAGUCCCCUGGGGUAUCAUAGCAGGUAAAUGGUGGGGAUCCCGUCUAAAACAGCCUGUGCUAGCACUCCAUGGUUGGCAGGACAACGCAGGCUCAUUUGAUCGUCUUUGCCCUUUGUUGCCUGCUGAGGUCCCAAUUCUUGCUAUCGAUCUUCCGGGUCACGGUAAAUCGUCACAUUAUCCCAAAGGCAUGCACUAUUUCAUCUUCUGGGACGGAAUCACGUUGAUUCGGCGCAUAGUGAAAUAUUUUGGCUGGACUAAAGUAACGCUCCUGGGUCAUUCGCUAGGAGGCGCGUUGAGCUUCAUGUAUGCUGCUAGUUUUCCAGAUGACGUAGAGCGAUUUAUUAGCAUUGAUAUUGCUGGACCGACGGUGCGAGAUCAUCAUAAAACGGCCGCUAGCACUGGAGACUGUAUUGAUAAAUUUUUACAUUACGAAACGCUACCUGAAUCUAAAAUGCCCUGUUAUGGAUACGACGAGAUGAUCGAUCUGGUUUUGGCAGCCUACGAUGGCUCGGUGGAUUACGACUCUGUCGAAGUGUUAAUGCGGCGUGGUAUGGCUCUUGCUCCAGCACAUUUCAACAAGGAUGGUUAUCAUUUUGCUAGAGAUCUCCGUUUGAAAGUGGCGCUGUUGGGUAUGUUUUCGAUGGAGCAAGUACUUGCAUAUGCGGAGCGUAUAAAAUGUAAGGUUUUAAAUAUACGUGCCGAGCCUGGAAUGAAGUUCGAUAACCCUGAAGUUUAUCCAAAAGUUAUGGAUGUGCUUAAACGAACUGCAUCAGAAGUAGCAUAUUAUGAAAUUCCUGGGUCACAUCAUUUGCAUCUUGUAACACCAGAUAGGGUAUCAAAACAAAUUAGUGAAUUUCUCUUGAAGUAAAUUGAGAAUAACAUAGGACACUAUAACGAUAAUGCUGGGUCACAUCAUUUGCUUCUUGUAACACCAGAUAGGGUCCCGUAACAAAUUAAUGACUCUCAUUUGAAGUGAACUUAAGACACUUGUUACUCACAAUCAGUUUCAAUUGAAAUACCAGCUAAACAAAUUAAGUGUCGAUUCAUUAUAUUAGGGAUCGUUGAUGAAUUUAUAUAUUUUACAAAUAGAAUGAUUAGUAUGUUGUUUUCAUUCCCCGCUACAUGACUACUGUGAAUUAUUUCCAUACAUUUUUUUAGCUCUACGAAUUAUUCCGUGUGAAUACAAAACUAGAAAAUAUUCUUUACGGGUUAAGAAAUAGGUAUGGGAAUUCAUCUGAAAAGAUGAAUGAAAUGUUUUAAAAAUAUUGGACUAGGAAUGGAUAAAAAAUUAAUAAAACAAAUAUCAUACUAUUGUA